UGGAUUGGAUGCUGCAGAGUCAGUAAGUGACCUUCUGAGUUACUCAUGUUGGUCGCAGAGUUUGCAUUUUGCACUUUUGCCUCUUGCUUAGUCACUUUCUCAGUUUCGCACAACUUUCCCGAACAAGCUUCACAGAUGACUUUUCGGAAGAAGCCAAAUUAAAAGCACCGGCAGAGCAAAUAAUGUGAGGCAGAAUUGUGCCUUUGGAUGUGAAAAUGAGUUUCCCACUCGAAUAGUUGGCGCUGAAGGUUGCGCUGUGUGUUUAUGAGUCAGGCGCGCACUAUAUAGCGGAGAAACUGUGUGCAGUAGCUGAAUGUGAGUUAGAAAUAUGUGAUGAUUUUUAAUAAAUACAAGCAUAUAUAGUGGGAAACGGCACUAAAAACGAGUGUGUAGCACUUGAGGAGAUUCUGCCAUUUUGUUCUGACCACGAUCAACCUCAAAUGGCUCUCGGGACACUCGGGCAAUGUAGCAAGCACACUCCGCACAAUAUUUGCGUCUCUUAUACAAAUCCGCGAUUCCACUGCGAUCAGUCGAGGCCUUGUGCAUCCAGUGAGACAGGCCGCCCGGAUUUUGGUGUACUCCCUGGCGCGAUUCGAGUCCUACUAGUUGCCUCUAGUGCUGGCAAAGGCGAGCCACUUUUAAAAGUUGAUAUUAAAUUCUAUUAUAACUCCCAUUAUCAGUCGCCUAGUGAAGCCAGAGUUGAUUAUUUUAUCAUUAUCUAAACCGCACCGAAGUAAUCAGUGAAAAGUGACUGAUCUCGUACACUCGAGUGAUUAGUGAGGACGACUGUAAUUAUAUUUUACAAUAUUUUUCCCACUUGCAAUACAAUCCAACGCGUUCCCGCCGGCGAACCUGCAAUUGCGAGAGCAGCGCAAAUUGAGAAUCCAGUGUGCUUAGGUGUGACUAUGUCUGGGAAAGACUACUUCUCCCCAGAAACAUCCUACGACGUUGCCGCCGCUGCAUUCAAAUUGCCAGUUGUGUCUGCGCCUCAUCCAUGCCCUAACGUUGCUGGAAGUGAUUCCCAGAGUGAUCUCAAGCAUGAGUCUGUGAACAAGAGUGCGGAGAACUGUGAGAAGAACAUUCUGCUGCUCUCGUCAACCAUUCCGGACAGUGAAUCGAAGAAGAGUGUGUCAUCAAUGGUGCAGACGGCCAUCAGGAAGCCACAAGUUGGCGAAUCCGAGGCUUGUUUGUUCACGAGCAGCCACAGUGCAAUUAACAAUCCGUCAGUGAUCAUAUCGCAGACGCCCAGGAUUCACAGUGUCGGCCAAGUGGCCAAUGCCGCGCGCUAUCCCACUCUGGCCGGCGAGGGCGAUCUGCACGACGCCAACAGCGUGAUCUCGCGAUCCUCGCCACUGCGCUACUCCACCCUCCACACCGUGUCCAUUCAGUCGGAUCAUCACCAAGAGUACCUCCACCACACGAACAACAACAAUAAUGACAGCGCGGUCAACAACAACAGCAGUGGAUAUCAGUGGGCGUUUGAUAUGUCCCUGGAUUUGCGCUUCAAGGCGGCGGAGGGAUCAGAGGGUGAUAAGGCAGCGCUGAAGCGCGAUCGCCAUCACCAAUCUGGUCAUCAGGAAGCGGGCAUCGAGCAGCCAGACAGGGCAAUUGUGAUAGCGCAAGCGAACAACGGCAAUCAACAUUACAACGAUAUCGCGAAUGUUGGAGAUCACCAGUCGCACGAUCAUAUCGCAGACGUUAGUCCAGAUUCGGCAGUGAUGCGAGGCGGUCUGCUCACUGACUCUUAUCCAAAUUACGUCCAGCUCACGAAUCACCACCACCACCACCACCACCACCAGAGCGCGUCAGUGGGCGACAGGGUGCAGCAGGAGCACCACCAGACCCCUAAUGGGGCGCACAGUCAGCACAGCGCCAACACGACCAUCGACGAAGUGAUCGCCGACACGCUUAAGGAUGAAAACUGCGCGAUUGACCAGAUGAGUCAUGCCGACGACCAUCAUAACUUCCUCACGCUGAGCUCGGACGCGCCCGCGGAGAUCCACCAUCUCAAGAACAUCCCCGAGAGUGCGUACGUGAAUCACAGUUCUGUGGCGUCCAGUGCGGACUCGAGAAGUCCUCCGGGAUUGCCGCAAGAGGAGUUCGACGGCGGUCUGCAGAGCUUCACGCAGCUCACGAGUGUGAGUCACAGGGUCAACAUUUACGCCUCCCCGAACACAUCCAACAUCCAGAGCAACGAGCACUCGGCGAUCGGCCAAAGCAGUGCUGGUGGUGACGGAAGUGCAGGAACGGGAUUUGACCAUCUUCACGCUGGAGUGGGAACGAGUCCCUUGUAUCCACGCACAUCCAUCACACCCCUGUCCACAACUGGAGCCAUGCAGUUCUUCGGCGGCAGUCCAACUCACGAAGGAUCUCAAAUCUGGUCAUCCAACCCGAUCGGCCUUCCCGCUCCCGAGGACUACGCCAGUGGCACUCCCAAGGGCAGCCUGCCCGCCUUCCAGCGCAUCAUCACGUCAAACGCCAACUUCGCGCCAAAUCACGUGUCGCGGCCCAGUUCGUACACCUCAGCUCUGCCCACCUAUGGCAGCCAGGGGGACUCGUGGCCCAAUCACUACGAUUCGACGGCGCUCAACUAUGGAGGAGGCAACGCGGGCGCGAGCAGAAAUCGUGGCAACGCUCCUCACUUAUCUGCGGCCGCUUCGCUCACUGCCCUGGGUCUCGAAGCUGAUUUGUUCACGGAAGGUCGUGAAUGCGUGAACUGCGGAGCAAUUUCGACACCUCUUUGGCGUAGGGAUGGGACUGGUCAUUAUCUGUGUAACGCUUGCGGUCUUUACCACAAGAUGAACGGCAUGAAUCGACCGUUGGUGAAGCAGCCAAGAAGAUUGAGCGCAUCUCGUCGUGUGGGUCUUUGCUGCACGAAUUGUCGUACAACGCAAACUUCUCUGUGGAGACGGAAUUCGAUGGGUGAGCCAGUGUGUAACGCCUGCGGCUUAUACUACAAGCUGCACAACAUCAAUCGUCCGCCAACGAUGAAGAAAGACACCAUUCAGACGCGGAAGAGGAAGCCGAAGGGCAGCAAGAAUGCAUCAGACUCCAGCGGAGCGGCUUCCAAGAUACCCAAAAUCAUGUCUGACACAGCUGAAGCGAUGCGGGAGAGUAAAUUCGAUCAAAUCAGAAAAGUUGUGCAAGGAACCAGGUGCAACUCGAUGCCAUCGCAGCAGCAGAAUCUCUCGCCUAGUAGCCACCAGAACGCCUCUCCGCUCAACUAUUCGCCCCAAGGAGCGUCUCCGGGCGUCGUGUCUGGCUCUGGCAUGAACUUAAGCACUGCCAAUGAUGGCAAGUUCCUGCAGAAAUCACUGUACGGACAGAUCGCCACCAGUGGAGCCAACUCGGCCAACAUGUACCAGAACUCUGGUCAAGUGGCGUAUAGUUCGGAUCCCAACAGCAUGUACUAUGAUAUUAUCAGCAACUCCAUGACUGCAAAUCACAGCAAAAUCGACACGAAUCAUCACAUCUCCAGGAGUCCAUCUGUGGAGGGUGAGCACGAUUGUCAGCAUGACAUAAUAGCGCCCCUUAAGAACUAUUCCGUGAAGAUUGAGUCGGAAUGAAGUGGAGAUUUGAAUGGAAUACAAUUGAUAAGAACUGUAAAUAGCUAUUUUAGCUAAUAAUUUUUAGCAUUCUAAUUUUCAUAUAUGAAUGAUAUCGCAUUAUACUUUACAACCUGUGUUACUUCUUUUCUUACUGAGUUGACAACACUUAAGCAUAAUCAUUUAUUGUUAUAUUGAUUAGUGGAGGACGAAGAAGGUGUUACUUUGUAAAUUCAGAAUAUUUCCAUACUUUCGAUGAACAAACCAUUCCGAUUAAUUUGAUUUAAUUGAAUCUCUUAAUUACGUUUAGUUUAUAUCUUGACUGCUAUGCAAAAGAAAUGAUCGAUAUUAAUUAGACAAUUCGCUUUUGCUACUCUCUCAAUACAAUUAAGUGAUGUUUAUAAGUUAAGUUGAAGUAAAAAUUAUUACAUACAUGGCUAUGUAUACCAAAUCAAAUCUAAAUAUUCGCAAAAUAUGCGUUUUUUCUUGCCUCUCGCGAAGCCCACACAUUGUCUGGUUAAGAGACUCAGUGUGUGUCAUCAACAUAGAGCUUAGGGAUUACACAAAAUGAAGUUUAUUGUGUAAAUUAUCGUCAUUCUAGCGUUUAUACUUGUGUGGGGAAAUUGCGUUUUUCCACUGCUAAAAUCAUUUUAAUACAUUAUGAUAUUACUAGUAAUAUAAUUUUUAAGGCAACACCGUCGCACUUUGAGUAAAUAAAACAGAAUACAUUCCUUCA